AUGCCCGAAACCGGCGCGGACGCUAUUCGCGCAGAUCUCAUCGCCCGCAUCACCGCCAUGCUGAAGCCGCACUUCUUCCGCCGUGGCUCCGUUCCGGAGUUUGAAGUCGCCACCGGCGAGGCGCUCCGGGUUCCGCGCCGUUCCUAUGCUCGGCUCUGCUUUUCGUGGCCUACGGAGGAAGAGGCUGAGGACUUUAAGCGCCUCUUCCCCCGUUCCAUCCCCCUUAAUGCCUCCCGCUCCGUGCUUCUUAAGGUCUUCGAAGACCGUAACCCUGGCUUCACGGCUGCCAAGGCCGGGGGCGCCGCCACACUGUCGCUCCGCAACAUCCGCCCUGGGUAUACCCCGGAGGAUGUCCGCGAGUUUCUGCUACAAGGCGCGGAUCCGGCUGAGCCUGCGUGGCUUGCGGACCUGCAGUUCUUCCAUCGCACCACCGACCCGUACGAGGAGGUUUUCCUCCCUGUUUUCACCGGCAUCCCUCUCCCCCCCCCCCCCCCCGGAUGA